AUGUGGAUCGCAGCGGCGCAUUCGCCAACUAAGACCGGCAUCGCUUUGUUGCACGACGAAGGGUCCGGAAAUGCGUAUGACGUCCGGGUGAAGCUAACGAAAGAGGUACUGACAAUUCAAAAGCAGGAUGUCAUCUGUGUUAGUGGAAGCAAUCCCAGUGCAAAUCACAGAACUGUUACACUUCGCAGACAGCCUGUCGGCGGCCUGGGCCUGAGCAUCAAGGGAGGCGCCGAGCACAGAGUCCCUGUCGUCAUAUCAAAAAUAUUCAAAGACCACGCAGCUGACCAAACAGGGAUGCUGUUUAUAGGAGACGCCGUCCUACAGGUUAAUGGCAUUAAUGUAGAAAACGCAACCCAUGAAGAAGUGGUGCAUCUUUUGAGAAAUGCUGGCGAUGAAGUGACCGUCACUGUUGAAUAUCUCAGGGAAGCGCCAUCAUUUCUGAAGCUCCCGUUAGGGUCCCCGGGACCAUCCAGCGACCAUGGCAGUGGGGCGUCCUCACCCCUCUUCGACAGCGGCCUGCAUCUGAACGGGACCUCCGGCAACACAGCUCCACCAUCGCCUUCCUCGCCCAUAGCUAACGAACCAAAGUAUGAGAAGCGCUGGCUAGACACCUUGUCAGUUCCUCUGUCUAUGGCUCGGAUCUCAAGGUGCAAAGCUGGAACGGAAAAAUUAAGGUCCAGUGCGUUCGAGGUGCUGGCCCUGGACGGGGUCAGCACGGGGGUCCUUCAGUUUUACACAGCCCAGGAGAGCGCCGACUGGCUGAGAGCAGUGUCAGCGAACAUCAGCGACCUGACGCUGCAAAACAUGAAAAUGGCAAAUAAAUGCUGUUCUCCUUGUGACCAGGUCGUACAUAUGGGGUGGGUCAACGAGAGACUGGAAGGCGCCGACUCCUCUCAGACCUUCAGACCCAAGUUCCUGGCCCUGAGAGGCGCGUCCUUCUACAUUUUCAGCUCCCCUCCGGUGAGCACAUUAGACUGGGUACGAGCAGAAAAAAUCUAUAACCUCUGUGAGGUACUAUUUAAAGUUCACAAGUUCUGGCUUACAGAUGACUGCUGGUUACAAGCAAACUUCUACCUGGGUCUUCACGACUUUGACUUGGAGGACCAGAGGCCGUACUGCUUCAGUGUCAUGGUCGGCCAUGGCAAGGGUCACUUUUUCAACGUGGAACUGGGGAGUGAGCUGGCCGUGUGGGAGAAGUCGUUCCAGAGAGCCACUUUCAUGGAAGUUCAGAGGACUGGGUCCAAAACGUACAUGUGCAGCUGGCAGGGAGAGGUGCUGUGUUUCACAGUGGACUUCGCUGUGGGAUUCACCUGUUUCGACAGCAAGACGAAGAAUGUGCUCUGGAGGUUUAGAUUCUCUCAGCUCAAGGGGUCUUCAGAUGAUGGAAAAACGCGAGUCAAGCUGCUCUUUCAGAAUCUAGACACCAAACAAAUCGAGAUGAAGGAACUCGAAUUUCAGGAUCUGACGGCUGUCUUGCACUGCGUACACUCCUUCAUAGCAGCGAAGGUGGCCUCCGUGGACCCCGCCUUUGUAGACAGUCAGAGUGUCGCACGAAAAUACAUGUGCAGCAACUGAACUGUGCUUCUGUGGAGUGCUGAAAAUUAAAUUAUUUUCUUAAGAAACGAAUCUUUCCUGCACAAAUUGCAACUUUGUAGGGUUUUAUAAUGAGCCUAUAGUUGUGAUACCAAUAAAAUAGGUCACUAGUUUCCA